AUGCCAGGCACACCUUCCAAACGAUCGCCCGCGCAGCCCGCACUGGUGUCGCGCCAGCAAGAGACGUCCAUGCUCUCGCCCCUCCAUGCGCGCGACGACAGCUAUGCCGAGCGUAGAGCGGCACUCGUCAAUAAGAUGAUCGCCCGUGGGUUGAUCCCUGAGUCCCUCAUCGAGCUGCCCGUUCUCUUUGGCCAUAUCGACCUCUUCGGCCACGUGACGGGUCCGAAGUGGUUCGAGUUUGCGCACACGUGCGUCGACCGCCUCGGCUCGCACAUUUACCCGCCUGUCCUGGGCGAAGCCGGCGUCCGCGGCCUCCUGACCGGCCGCGGGCCCAUCACGGUGCUGCCGCUGUCCAUAAACGCGCGCUUCCGUCUGCCCGUCGGCUGGCCGGAUGCGGUGCUGCUCGGCGGCCGUCCGGCGUACAUCGACCCGCAGGGAAAGACGUACGGCGAAACGUACGAGGCAUUCAGCCUUAAGACCGGCGAGCUCGCCUUCAUUGCCGACUACCACCACGUGCACAUCGACCUCACGCAGGGCGGAAAGGCGGUCAGCUUCCCUGACCUCAUCAAGCAGGAGCCCAAGUGGGACGCCUGGGUCCGCGACUGGCAGCAAAAAGUCGCUUCAGGGAAGCAGAAGCUCAAGGCCUUCCAGGAAGAGGAAAAGAAAGCCACAGGCCAGGCGGCACGCAACGCCGAAGUAGAGCAACUAAAGCACCUGGGUGCCAAGUUGUAG